AUGGCCGCUGAAGCAGAGGACCCCCACCUGGGCUCAGGUCCGGAUGACGACGGCGACGCACCAGGACCGGACUCGGACUCUGACAGCAUCCUGUCCGAUGACUCUGUGCUCCCUGACAGCUCAGUGGAGGCAGCAAACAGCAGCGCAGCCAACACUGUCUAUGAGGCGUGCGUCCGCAACGACUCGGCCGCCCUGCAGAAAGUUCUGGAGAGAGGGGUGACCAGGGAGGAGGUGAUGGAGCUGGACAUUAACGGAUGGAACGGCCUCAUGGUGGCUUGCUGCAAGGGUUUCCUUGACAUUGUGCAUGGGCUUCACACCUGCCCCUUCAUAGACAUAAAUCAUCAGGAUAAUGAAGGCAACACGGCACUAAUGAUUGCAUCUCAAGGAGGUCAUAUAUUCACAGUGAUGUAUCUCCUAAACUACUACCCAGGUGUUAACACUGAAAUAAGGGACUGCAGAGGAUUCACAGCCCUUAUCAAAGCUGCUAUGACCGGCCGCUGUGACGUCGUAGCUGCCCUUGUUAUGGCCGGGGCUGAUGUAAACGCAGUGGACUCCUUCCGGGGAAGGUGCGCUCGUGACUGGGCCCUAAAAACAGGUCGCUAUGAGACCUUCCACCGUCUCCGCCGCCUCACCAUGCGGCCGAGAGCCGAGCAGUUCUGCGAGAGCUACGUCCCAGAGUGGCCCGACCUCGUGGGCAGAGUGACCCGGGCGACGACUCAGAAGACGUCUGCAGAGAAGAUCACACUGCGGAUUAAAAACACAUUUGGAUUCAGUUUUCCUCGUGACCCCCAGGAGAACGGGGUGAUGGACCACAUGGUGCGCAUGACCACCAGCAUCCACAGUCCGCUCGUUGUAACUGGUUGCCACCCUCUGCUGCCCACCAGCCCACCUGAGUUGGGGAAGAGACGGCUCGCGGUGGCGGAGCUGGUGAAGAAACAUCCACAGAAGGAUCUGGAAGGCAACUCGGUGUGCCACAGCAACGGCUCGGUGUCGCACAUCACCCCCUGCAUCCACUCUGCGGAGACAGUGGCCUCAGUGUGCUUCCCUGACACCGAGCGCAGAGGCAGCAUCCUGUCGGUGGCCUCCAACAAGGUGGCCACCGCCUUCAUCCCUCGAAGCAUGGCGAGACGCAACAGCGUGUUCCCCUCUGGGUGUAUCCCUCAGAUCAACGUGAACAAGCCUUCAGACCCAACGCCAAAGAAAGAGAAGAAGAAGAAGAAAGAUAAGGGCUGCCUGGAGCCACCUACUUGGAAAUACAAGGAGCAUAAGGACGAGAAGAAGAAGGAGAAGAAAAACACAGAGAAAGACCAGGAAGGAAAAGGAAAUAAAAAGGAUAAAGAGAGUAGAAAGACAAAAAAUUAA